GAGAGGCGGCUAGUGCCGAUGGUAAGGCCAGUAUACUCUCGCGUCUCUUGGAGAUCGGUUUCUGAUCAAGUUUCUCGUGCAACACAUUGUCGGGAAAAUUAAAACGUCGGGAAAAAAAAUUAUCUAUUCACCGUACGCCGUAUUUCCACGACAAUAUUCAGUUGCUCUCUAUUUGUGUGUGUGUCAGUGAAUAUUGUGAUGAUGGCCCUGUUUCAAUACUGAAGAGAAAACGUCGUGGAUCAAGCUCUCUCUCUCCUGCAGUCCCAAACGGCCUCGUUGUGUCGACAGCAACGAUUUUUUUUCCUUUUUUUUACGUCUCAUUUGUUCAAUUCAACGACACUGAAAAUUUGAUGAAUUGAAACGCCCAACUAACCGACCAAACACAAAGAUUAUAAUGAGGAUACUCCGCCGUUUUGUGCAAAAUGGUCAGAGAGACGCGACAUCUUUGGGUGGGUAACCUACCAGACAACGUCAGAGAAGAACGAAUUCGUGAACAUUUCCAAAGAUAUGGUCGCGUGCAAAGUGUCAAACUUCUGGCCAGGAGUUCCAGCAAAGAUGAAGAGGUCGGCAGUGGUAGUGUCAGUACGGGCUAUUGUGCCGCAGUGGCGUUCAUGGACAUUAAAUCGGCGGCCAAAGCACAUGCCUCGGAGAACAGUCUCGACGAUCGAUGCCUGGUGACAGAUUACUAUGAACCAUUACUGGGCGAUCAGGGACGCACGCCCGGCAGUACUACAACCACGGGAUUAGGGUCGUCAAAUACACCCAGCGGUAGUGGCGGUGGUGGUGGCGGCGGAAGUGUGGGCCGAUCGUCGCAUUUGAUCAACAACAACAGCAGUGGAGGAGGUGGAGGAAGUGGUGGUGGUGGUGGCUACGAUCGGCCAUCUAGUCAUUACUUUGAACGGCGCAGCGAUCCGGACGGGUCCGGAGCAUUCCUCCGCCGACAAGGGCCGGUCAACCAUCAUUAUCGAGAUCGGCCCUAUCGGAACAGUAACGGACCAUUUGUGCGGGAUACUGGUGGCGAAAGAAAUUCUGGCCACUUUCGAUCCGGCACUGGAUCGGCCGGCGGUCCAUCCCCUGGUAGCUGGAAUUCAUACGAGCCAGCUGGACCACCUUCAAGUCGUUACCCGCCGCCCGACUACGGCGGAGGUAUGGACGAACGGUCGGAACGCAUGUCACAAGCCGACCUGCUGCCCAGCACGCCUACCACUGGGAAAAGGACAGCCCCGACUCCUGCUGGACUCUCUUCCACCACUAACAACACCACCUCCUCCUCUUCAAGUGUCAACAAUACACCCCUCUCGGCCCGCAAGAGGAAAUCCAGUCGAUCUCCUAGCCGAUCCAGAUCCAGGUCGGAUUCGAGGACACCGCCCAGCAGCAGUAGAAGUCGUUCCAGAUCCCAUUCUCCGGCUUCAUCUGCUUCUGUUCCAUCACGAUCCAGAUCGAGAUCGACGUCGGGUUCUCGACUACGAUCAAGGACUUUAUCGCCUGGUGGAUCCAGCUCGCGUUCCAGUAGCCCUCAGUCGGCUACAAGUCGGACUAACAAAACACCCCGUUCCGCCCAGUCGUCGAGUUCACCGCGUAGUCGUAGUUCGCGAUCGUCCCAAGGAUCGUCGCGAUCCCCCGGCUGGUUAUCCUCAUCAGCUGGCCCACGGAAUUCACGCUCAUCCCGUCACCGCUUGUCGGGUGGUGGUGGUUCGACGGCCCUCAACACAUCAUCUCCAGCUGGGCAACUCUGCCAUUCGGCCGGAUCAACAGGCUCUGGUGAUGGUGACCGUAGGCCCUUGGCCAUUUGUGUCCGUAAUUUGCCCUUGAGGUCAUCUGACACUAGCCUCAAAGACGGCCUGUUCCAUGAGUACAAGAAACACGGCAAAGUGGUGACAGUGAAAGUGGCAGGCCAGGGUUCCGAUCGUGUGGCCAUUGUUCGAUUUAAAAAGGCUGAAGACGUCGACAAGGCACUCGAAGUGUCUCGUGACAAACUCUUUUUCGGAUGUAAAAUCGAAGUGACUCCCUGGGAUUCUGGACUUGAUUUGGAUGACAAUGAAUUUCGACCGCUGGAAGCCGAUUUGGAUGAGUACCACCCGAAAGCUACGCGAACAUUGUUCAUUGGCAAUUUGGAAAAGGAUGUGACAGCCGCUGAACUAAGAGCCUCUUUUGAAACAUUCGGACCCAUCAUCGAGAUUGACAUUAAAAAGCAGAGCCAAGGUUCUUCGUCCGGUGCUAGUGGUGGUACAGCUGGUGGAACAGUGACCACGACUAGCAGUGGUAGUGGCGGUGGUGGUGGUAGUAGUGGCGGUGGUAGUGGCAGUGGCAGUGGUGGAGGAGCAGUUGGCAAUUCCACGUCGUCAUCCUCUUCGUCCUCUUCAUCCGCGAAUAAUAAUAAUAACAACAACAACAACAACGCCUACGCAUUUUGCCAGUAUGCCGACAUAGCGUCUGUAGUGCGGGCAAUGAGGCAUUUAGACGGUGAACAAGUGGGCAACACCCGGGUCAAGUUGGGUUUUGGCAAAUCUAUGCCAACCAAUUGUGUCUGGUUGCACGGAGUUGCUGAAUCGGUGGCCGAAAAGUUCCUGGCGAGACACAUGAGCCGAUUUGGUCAUGUUUCUUACGCGGCCAUCGACAGAGAGAGGUUCAACGGUCUCGUGUUUUACGAUCAGGUCAGUUGUGCACAGGCUGCCGUCCAGGAAUUGAGAGGUCGCGCACUAGCUGGACGUAAACUUCAGGUGGAUUUCGCUUCUCGUGAAUGCCAAGCUCACUUUUUCGAACUGGUCGAACGUGAACCGAGAAGUAACAGCAGCAGUUCAGCGGCAGCAGCUGCAUUGGCCGUGUCUUCGGCUAUCCAGCACAGAUUACCGUCUGCCACCACUCCAUCUUCAUCUGGACGCACAGUCCGAACUCCCUCUUGUAGUAGCCGUUCAUCAACACAUUCGAAAGAACGGACCGGCUCCUCUAGUUCCAGGUCGCGUCAUGGCGGUAAUUUGAGUCGAGACGAAUCCCUUGAACGCGAUGCCGAAAUGAAAGACCUGACGGGCGAACGCGACACAGAUCUCAUCAGCGCCCGUCGCUGUUCUCGGUCGCCUUCACCAUGUGAAAAGGCCAUCCAUCGGCACCCUUCCGUCGAACCGGAUGUUGCUUCAUCCGGAUCGCCCUACACCUUAUUGGAACGUGAACGAACUCGUCGUUAUGGUAGUGGAGGAAGUAGUAGCAGCAGUGGAUUAAGCAUGGAUACGGGCAGCGCUACAGCCUUACCAACGGCAAACGGAUCCGAUGUUUUCACUCGCAUCCGCGAUUUGAGCGAAGAGCGAGUCGACGGUGUUGCCAGUAGUUCCGGCGAGGAUGAGGAAGACGAAGAAGAAGAAGAGGAACAGCAAGUUUCGGAUGUCGAAUCCAGGUUAGUUGCCACCACCAAGUCGGCCUCAUCUGCUUCUAAGAAAUCAAAGAAAAAGAAAUCAAAAUUGAGUGGAAGUAGCGACAGUGGCGUCAGUGAUGUUAGCACCAACGAGCCCCUCCCGUCCAGCAUUCAGCAGGCAUCGUCUCUUCUUGUCGGCCAUACGUCCAGUUCAUCCGGUGGCUCAUCGGCCUUGUCGACAGCUUGUAUGACAUCACAAACACCGAAACUAUUGCAACCGUUGAGCCGGCCAAGUCGGAGAGUGUCGCGACUUUCAACGGAUAGUUCAGGUGACGGAACGGCCAACGCGACAACGACCAAACAUUCCCUGCCGCGCAUCAUUCCUUGGGAGGUGGAGACACCUUUGUCGCGCAAGAGCCGGCAGCAGGAACAAGGUUGUAGCCGGCCCGGAACCCCACUCUGCGAUGAGAACGACGAACCACCAACAGAUCCUCGAAAGGAACGACCGGUUCGCGUUGCUCUUGAGCGUCCCAUGACGUUACCUUUACCUCGGUUUGGUUUGGAACUCAACCUGUCCGGCUGCCGUGUCAACUCCUGCAAAACAGCGUCGUUAUCUUGUUCCUCAUCGGCUUCUGCUUCUGGGACGCCAUCUUCGUCGGAUGGAACGUUCCGUAUACCGCACCCGCACGGCACCUCAGUCAGUCCGUCGCGGGGCGCCGCCGUCCCUGGUUCACCUCGAGGUGGAGCCCCUGAAUCCGCCCAACAUCAGCAGCAGUUGGAUUCAUCAUCCGAUUCUGAAUGUUCUUCCGGCUCUUCUCCAAGAGCGUCACUGAGUACGACGGCCGUUAGUCUUGCGGAGCAAUUAAGGCAAUGGGAACAACGAUAUGAACAAUGGUCCAGCCGUUCAGCUCAUUCGUCUGGUGAAGGUCCUGUUGUCGGUCCACCUACUACCCCAACGGCCCAGCCGGUGACCACAGUAGCCACUUUGUCUGUAGCGGCCGCUCCGAUAACGGCAGCGGAACGGUAUCGAACUCGUAAAGCCCGUCCAAUGAGCCUGGAGGAGCUAAAAUCGCAGGAACCUUCGGAUAUUGUCCGUUGCUUGCUGGCCAAGCAUUCGGUCUUUGAUGAGGAUCUCAAGCGAUUGGAGAGCAGUGGUCGAGAGACGACCGCAACGACACCAACAGUGGCCAGUCCAGCAGUGAACAAAGAGAAGAAAUUGAGUCCAGUAGUCAAUCACGUUUCCGUCCCAGCGUCACCCACCAUCAUCACCAACAUCUCUUCUAGCAACAGUCAGGCUGCUGCAAAGUUGUUUCCACCCGUCACGCCUCCACCUCCACCGGCCAUUGAAGUCAUCAAAUCACCGGCCGAACCGUCGCCCAGGACUCCAUCUCCAUUACCACCACCACCUUUGCCGAAAGAGUCGCCACCCCCUAGUCCGUCGCCUCCACCUCCGCCAGUGGCCAAAGAAGAAGAAUUUGCCGAUCCAGUUGAACCCAUGGAUGAAGAUUUGAUGGAUGAAACAGACGGCAGUUUGGUGAUUGCCACUGAGGAAGAAGUGCCGGUAAAAGAGGAAAUUCGGGAGCCUGUCAAUCUCCUUCCUCCACCUCCGCCACCACCUCCUCCUCCUCCGCCACCUCCUACAGAACCAGUGGAAGUGAAAGAACCGUCUCAUCCACCUCCGCCCGAACCUGCGCCAGUCGAAACACCCGUGGUUGAGACUCCACAGAAACCAUCGCGGAGUAGCAAACAUCCGGAAUCUUCGUCCAAGUCUUCGUCAUCCCGUGAUGUGAAAUCGAGUGAACGGUCGAGACAUUCUUCCAGUUCGUCACAUCGCAAGGAGAAAUCAAGUUCCUCUUCAUCAUCGUCGUCGUCGUCGUCCACUUCCUCUUCCAAAGAUUCCGCUGGAAAUAAACCGCAAGAGAUUAAAAGCGAACCAACAACGAUUGAUCCAGCAUUGGCUCGUCGGAAAUCUCGUGAAUCAAGUGAACAACAGGCGACGACGCCAACUUCCAACGAUGCUGCCAAACGUCGUCGAAGUGUUGAUGCUGGAACACCGUCUAGCAAGCGGGUCAAAUCGGAGAAACUUGGCGAGACUCGAGAGAAGGAUAAGAGUAGCAAGACGUACGAUAAAGAGAACAAAGAGACAACGAAAAGUUCCAAAUCGGAGAGCGGCCGUCGCGAAGUCUCUAAAUCGCAUUGCUCUUCUACGCCGUCCCUGAGCAAGAAAUCCAAACCCGAGUUGGACUUGACCAGUUUGAAACCAUGCAAAAUGGAAACGGAAAAGAAGCCGUCGCGCGACGAUUCGGACAAGAAAAGCAACAAAUCCAGCAGUGGCAAAAAGGAUAAAAAGGAUAAAGAACGUGACAAGGAUCGUAGCAGAAGACGAGAAGAAGAGCGCGAACGUGAAAAACGAAAAGAAGAAGAACGUGAAAAACGGAAGGAGGAAGAACGGGAGAAAAAGAGAGAAGAGGAGAUUAAAUUGAAGGAAUACAAGGCAAAACAUCAGUCUCCGGCCAGUGCCUCUUCAUCUCAUCGCCGUAGGAGUGAAGGAGAGCGCAUUAAAUCUUCUUCGAAAACUGAACAUUCAUCUCGCAAACCGGCAAUCCAGCCACCUCGACAGAGCUUGCCCAGUCGGAAGAAAUCGCACUCGGAUAGCGAUAGCAGCAGCAGUAGCAGUAGCAACAGCAGCGUUGGUGGUGGUGGUGGUGUUGGCCGGCACAGUGACGAUGAAAAUCAUACGUCGGUGGUUCGUAGCGGAAGCAAAGCUAGCAGUGAUGACGAUUCCGAUUCGAAUCAUUCCAACGACCAGGAAAAAGCAGACCGUGAGCUGGCCGAAUUUUUGCAAAAUGAGCCCACCUAUUUCUCAAUGUACGACAAAGUGAAGGCUCGUUCGCUGAAACUUCAACAACAAAAGCGCCAGGAAGAAGAACGGAAAACGGUGCAACAACAACAGCAGGACAAAUUCUGUGCCCUCCGACAAGCUCGUUUAGCUGGCGGAUCCGCACCGACAAGCAAAAGGGACAAGGAUGGAAAGAAGAAUGUCUGGGAUUCGUCUGACUCCGAUUCAGAUGGUCCCGUCCGUUCAAAUCGUCCGAGGCCUGUGGCUACAGCGUCACUUUUAUCCAAUUCCGUCAAAUUGUCCUCUUCGUCGUCGGAAGAUUCUGAGCCCAUCGCGCCACCAAGUAAAUUUAAGGAUUUCUUGUUUGAUCAGCCGGACCCCAAAUCUGUGAAAUCGCGUACACAUCCGCCUCCACCGACACCGUCCAGUCACAAAUCCAAGCCUUUACUCUCUUCAUCUGAUUCCGAUAGCGAACCUGAGGUUAAGCCAACGCCCAAACCCAAAGUUCGUGCCGAGCCAACAGCUGCGGUUACCAAGCGACGACCAAGUAUUCCAGAAAUCACACAGUCAAAAACCACUCCCGUCGAGACCAAGAAAACGGUCGAUCGCUCAAAUUCUUUGCCCGUCAAAAAGAGCAAAAAAGAAUCGUCCACCAAGUUACAUCACUCGAAUUCAACAUCCGGCAAACUCAGCAGCAGAGGCGAAGAAAAGAUGGAAAAUAUUUUCGGUCCACUCUCGGACGAUUCGGAUGACCAGCAACGGAUAGCUCGUGCUCCACCAGCUGUAGCAACAGCAACCCCAACCAAUCCGAGAUUGCAAGUUUCUAUCGUCUACAGUUCGGAUUCGGAUAGCGGCCGGGUACCACCCGCCCCUAAGCAGGAAAGUUUACCUUCUCCGCCAUUGACCGACAAAACUGACAAGAAUAGCGAUCGGCAACGUAAGAAGAAAUCGAAAGAGUCGCGUACCAGAGAUCGCAAGAAAUCUGGAUCCAAGGAGUCUGGUACAACUGAGACGCCCAAUCAUCAUCACAAAAGCCGUCCGGUUGUUGAAGCCGUCAAAGAGCAACAGCAAAGUGACGGUGAGGAGCUGCAAGAAGCCGGUCGAGCUCUUGAAUCGAAAUUGAUGGAAGAUUCUUUGAUUGCCAUUGCUCACCUUGCUCAGAAAGAGAAAGAUAAGAAAGAGGCGGAAUUGAAGGUUGUAGCAGCCCAGACGGCCGUAGUUGUUGAUCAGCACAAAAAGAAGAAGAAGAAGAGCAAGAAGAAUCAUCGUGAAGAUGGGCCACCACUACCAGCUCCACCACCACCACCUCCGGUGACUAUCAAAACAGAAUUGCAGGGUCUUGAAUUGCCAUCCACUGUCAUGACGGCUUUGGUGAUCAAAACAGAACCGAAUGAUGUUGUUUGUCCAGCUCCAAUUGCUUCUUCUUCGCCACGAGUCAAACCAGUGACGGAAGUGGUUCAUCCACCUGAGCAUCCGUCUGUGGAACCUAAACUGAGCAUGCCAUCUUUAUUGUGGGAACCUUCAACCUCCCCAGUCAUGCCUACUACUCCGCCAGUCGCCGUUGUGCCGAUUGCCGUUCCAACUGAAAUGCCAACACUAGUGCCCGCCGAACCAGCUGCAAGGCCGGGCAUUUGGAAACAGGAGACGGAAGAUGCUGUGGCGGGAUUGUUAACGGAAACGUUUGACGACUUCAAGGAGGAGAAACUCGACGAAGAACCCGAGGAGCCGGUUGAAACACCUAAUCAGUCAUCGUUGAUCCAGCCCCAGUGGCCACCCGAACAAGAAGAGUCUCCACAGCCCAACGAGGAGGCCCAAAAGGCCAUCCAAAGUUUGCAGUGUGAAGAUGAUUUGGAUAUUUCGGAUGAGAUGAUCAUUGACGAAGCCGGAACAAGCUCUACAGAAGAUACAGCCGGGCCAACCGAGUGUCCCCUUUACUCCGGUUCCAGUUCCAGUGAUGUGGCUGAAGUGGAAAGUCAGCGCUCUGCUCGUUUGGCCGAUGUCACUAAGCCAGCUGCUGUUGAAACAGCUCCAACUCCACCUCCUUCACCGCCGGAAUUGUGCAUUGAUGAGACGAGAUGUCAGCCAGAGAACGAGUCCAGCCCUCGCAAGGAAUUGCCCCGGACACCCGACAUUGACCUGUCGUCAAAAUCUCCCAGAACACCAGAUUUGGAUUUACUCGAUCGAAGUGGUCGACCGACUACUCCGGACUUGCAUUUGCCCACUUUACCUGUUACUAGCAAUUCCGUCAUCAAAGCUGAACCGCACAUUGUGGCUCAAAGUCCGUCUAAACAGACCAAAAAACCCAGGCAGACUCCAUCGACUCGGGGUGGACCACGACGCGUUCGUGGACGAGGAACAUCAGGAUCCAGUCGCGGAGUGAGUGAGAGCUCACUGGAAGGUCACGAUGCAGAUGUCUAUGAAUUUUAUGACACUGAAGAAGAAGUCACUCCAAUGGUGGCACCGACAGUGCCCAUAAUUAUUCCUGUUCCUCCACCGCUUCCUCCUCCAGUGGCUGUUCCUCCAGCUCCACCUGCUCCCGUCGCUGUUGCUGCCCCUGUCUCUGUCCCAGUUACGGUGCCAGAAGCCAUUGAGCACAAGCCGGAAGAGAAACCUAUGGUAGAACUACCGGUACCAGUGCCUGUUCAAGAAUUCACUCCAGUCAGCCAGCCGAUUCCUAGAAAAGAUUUGGAAGGUCUUAAAGGCCGUUUGAUAACUACAAUCGACGAUACGAUCGAAACUGUUGUCCGUGGCCAUCAUAAUUUAUCUGCGGUGGCGCUAGCUACCACCAUGAUGCUUGCCGCUCCGUCCAGUCCGAGAAUUCAAUCUCCGAGGACUUGCUACAUUGGCGGGCCGUUGCCUCAACAGCGAACGAUAGCUGAGACGCCUGGACCGGCAGUGAUGAAAGUCGAACUACCACAACCCUUGAAGGAAACGGCCAAUACAUUGAUAGAUCCAGUUACGGGACAUUUGACUCCCAUCCGGCGUCAUGACGAUCCGCUACCCACUCAACACGCUGGAGUUGUCGUUCGACGGACAGAAGAAACAGUUGCAUCGCCGUCUACUGUCGUUCUCAAUCUGAGAUCAGGCUCGACCCAAGCCAGUCCGGUUGUCCAGCAUCCAACUCAGACGACCACAACGACACCUGUCACCGCUUCAUUGGUCAAAGUGCCAUCUCCCACUAAUUUGGGUGUAGCCAUCACGACGACCAGUUUGCCGGUCGGGCCCAAUUUGCCAACACAAUCUGUUAGUCAGCAGCACGGCAUCGUUUCGUCAUCGGUGACGAUCAUCCCAACCACGACACCGGCUUCGACCAUUUUGGCGCCGAUGCAGGGUACAGAAGUGGCACGUCUACCGUCAGCUACAGUUGUUACGCCCGUUCCUGCGCGUCCGGCUGCUUCAUCUGUUUCGACUUUUCCAGCCGUGCCCCUCACCAGAGACGCCCCAGCCCACGGUUUGCUGCUCCAACAACAACAACAAAUGCAACAGCAACAACAACAAGCUCAGCCUCCAGCUGGACCUGCUCAGCAGCAACAUCAACAACAGCAGCAGCAGCAGCAGCAACAACAGCAAACACAGCAGCCUCCUUCUCAUACGCCGCAACUCCAGUUACCGGCUGGCGUGCCCGUCAGUUUGAGUGGAGGAGCUACUGUCAUUGCCGUUGCCAGCAGUGGACGAGUUACCGGGCCAACUCCACUUCUCGGUCGGCCAACAAUUGCUACACCCCAGCAUUUGAUGCAAAACCAGCCUACGAUGGGAAGUACCGUGGUGAUUGCCAGAGCGACCGGCCCUCAGCAGCAGCAGCAGCAGCAGCAGCCAGUAAACAGGUCACAUGCAUCAAUGGCCAGUGUUCAAGCUGUAGCGCCUGCUUUGCCCGGUGUUCCUUCUCAACCCCAGCGACCUCCACCGGCUGUAGUUACCCUCUACUCUUCAGGAGCUUAUUCUUCGGCAUCCCAACCGGGUCCUAUAGUCUCGACAGCUUCACUGACACGGACGCAAGUCUCGGCAUCUUCGUCGUCUACUGGUUCAAGCGUCUCUGUUCUUCCGGCAACUUCUCGUCCACCUCUAACGUCGUCGACGACCAACAGUGGCGUCUCGGUUUACCCCAUCUAUGGCCCAAGAUCCGAAUCCAUGCCCGCAACUGUUACAUCGACUCCUCCUGUAUUCGGUUCACCAUUGACAACUGCUCCAAUCAGAGUGUCCGUCACUUCGGUACCUACCAGUCGAGCUACUUUGUCAACAACAGUUUCCACGCCCUACCGACCUGUGUAUGCUCCUAAUGAGCCGCCUUCCCAUCAUUUUGCUACCUAUCAACACCAUUUAGUCCAGCAGCAGCAGCAGCAGCAGCACUCUCCCAACAUUUCUGCAGCAGAAACCAGGAGUCGGGAGGAGCCGGUCCGACAGGUCAACACGCCCUCUCGGGAAGACACGGAAGUUCGCCAGUUGCAACAGCAACAGAUUCAGCAACAAUUACAACAACAACAACAGCAACAACAACAACAGCAGCAGCAGCAACAACAACAACAGCCUAUUCAUCCGGCUAUGAUGCGCGAAAUGCGAACUCCUCCGCCAGCCCAUCAACAUUCUCCUAGCCAAACGGAUAUGUCGCGUGUCAAUCCACAAAUUCUACUCCAUCAGCAGCUGUAUCAGCAAUUUUACGCUCGACAUCAUCCGGACUUUGCCAGAAUGGGGACAUUUUCUCCUGGCCCGGCAUCCCAGCAUGCAUUGAAUCCAGCAGAAGCAGCUGAUUUGCAACGUGAUCCGCGAGAAAGGGUUGUCCCGCCAUCAUUGCCAUCUCAUCUGAGGGUUUUGGCUGCUGGAGGUGAACACCGUACGACGGAAUCGCCUCUUCAAGGCUGCGUUGCCGUUCCAUUCACUGUGGCCAACACCAACCAACAACAAUUGUACCAACCGCACCAUCGGCCGGCGUCUUCAGGUUCAGCCUAUCAUCAAACACCGGCUGGUCACAUGCAGAUGGCUCCACCUUCACCUUCUCACCAGCAUCGCCAGACGCAUGUCUACACUCACGAGGAAAGUGGUGGAUACCAUCCGUCUCCUCCGCCUGCUCAUUUGAGUGUAACCGGAGUUAUGCAACGAGUCAAUCCGCCGUCUCAGCCCACUUUGGCCUGUGAAGCGCCUUCACCUGCGACUUCACUAUCAGUCCGACCACCACCCAUUCGGACGCCUCCGCACGCUUCGCAGGUGCCUCCUCAAGCUGAUUCGUUGGUGAGUCUGCUCCAGCGCUAUCCAAUCAUGUGGCAAGGGCUAAUGGCCCUCAAAAACGAUCAUGCCGUUGUCCAGAUGCACUUCAUCUCGGGCAAUCCCAUGGUCGCAAGAGGGUCGUUGCCUUGCAGCCCCGAUGGUUUGGCCUUGCCGCUUCGCAUAGCCCAACGGAUGAGGCUGGAACAACAACAGUUGGAAGGCGUUGCCCGUAAAGUGCAAAUGGAGCAAGAGCAUUGUAUCCUGUUGGCUUUGCCUUGUGGCCGAGAUGCCAUGGAUGUUCUGCAACAAUCCAAUAAUCUCCGCCAGGGAUUUAUCACUUACCUCCAGCUGAAGCAGGCGGCCGGAAUCGUGAAUAUUGCCGCUCCUGGGUCGCAACAGCCGUCUUAUGUCGUCCACAUCUUCCCGGCUUGCGAGUUCGCCAAUGACAGUCUGGCUCGUAUCACACCUGACCUUCUUCACCGCGUGACGGACAUUGCCCACCUGCUUGUCAUCAUCGCCACCGUUUGAUUUUUUUUUUUUUUUUAACUCACUCCCGUCAACAAACAAAAGAAAGAAGAAAAAAACGACAAAUGUAGAGAAAGAAAAUUAAAAAAAAAAAAAAUUCGGAAGAGAAUCACACACUCCCUUUUAUUGUGGUCUUUUUGCUCAAUUCAUUCAGAAUCCAGCCCCCUAUCUAUCUAACUAACUUUAUCUCUUUCUUCAUUGUUUCAUCGUUCUCUUCGUUAUCAUAUUAAUCUGAUGUACUAUUCUCUCUCUUUCUCUCUCUCUCUCUAUCAACACAUAGAAUGUCCGUUUUUCUGUCACACACUAAAGUUUAAUUUAACGUCAAGCGAGUGUGUCGCAAGAAAAUUUAAAAAGAAAAAUUUAAAGAAAAUCCCCUCCCCCAUUGACCGUGUGCGCGUGUGUGUAAUUUCUUAAUAAUUCAAAAAAACUUUUGUUCUUUCUUUUUUUUUCCCCCCAAUCCUGGACUGUUGUGUAAAAAACCUACUCCUUCUUUCUGUUGAUUUUGUUUGUGUGUGUGUAUGCGUGUGUGAGCGAUUGUGUGCAAAUUCCCCCAUGUUUUUUUUUUCUUUUUUUUUUUUAAAUUGUAUAUGUUGAAGAAACAACAGUGUCAUUUGACGUGAAUGAAUAACAAUUUACCUUUUUGAGUUCACCGAGUCUGUGAUCUCGCGCCGCCGCAUUGAUCCCUCCGCGCCGUGUAUAAUUGAAAUGAAUGGAUCGGUAUAAUUUUUCUUUUUGUGUUUGAAUUUUGCUCUUGAAACACUCUUACACAUACACACACAAACAUGUUUUUUUUUUCAUCCACCCAAACCCACAGACACACACACACACACAAAAAUGUACAUUUUUAUUCUGUGUCUUGAAUUCUCGGCCACACUUUUGUCAUCAUCGAUUUACGUUUUGUACCAUAUUGUAUGCUAGAGAGAAGAUUUGCAAAACACAUUCUGGAAAAAGAAAAAAAAGAUGAAAAGCCCAACAAAGCAUACGCCCCGGACUCGUGGAAUUCAUCCGUCGGGGUAUCGUUGUAUAGAGUUAACACCAAUUCAGUACGCCCUUGUACAUAACUCAGUGGUCAGCAUGUAUAAAUACAUGUUUAUAAAUGUUCCAAAUUUCUGAUUUAUCUUUUUUUGUUAUCGUGAAAUUAAAAUUUUUAAACUGAAAAAAAAGAAAACGCUUCGUGCGGAAAACCCGUUGAUGGUGCAAUAAUGACGUACGUGACUCGACUCAAACGGUGAUGAUAAGUCCUUGAGGGAAUAUGCGCCGUAUCUUCUCUUUUUGCAGAGUCAUCACAAAGUUUAUCACAUGAGUAAAUUUAAGAUUUAUAGUUUAGUAUUUAAAUAAAUCGUCAUCAGGGUCGUCACGUGAUUGUUUCCGGGGUUGCAAUUUACCAAAAAAAAAAUAAAAUAAAACGUAAAACGAGGGCUGGUCCCGGUGACGUCAUUAAAAGGCAUCCGCCUACUCUAAAAUGGCGGACGGGAAAAAGCGGUACCAGGAGGAGAUUGUGAAGGAAAGCUGGUCUUGACCAAGAUUACAGCUAUACAACUCUAUAAAAAGGCGCAGCGACGAAAGGGCUGGCCUUCAUUCGAAACCGUCUAUCGGCCACGAAUACGUCAGCUCUUACGUCUUAUUGCAUUUGCCAACUUUCAAGUCGACCAAGUAUGAGCCAGAUCGCUUUUGCAGCCAAUUGUUUUGCGUUGGGUACUGUUGUUGCUGCUGCCCAGCAAGUUUUCGUCAAAAAGACGAUCGAAGGACUGGAAAAUGCUGCCGAUUCGAUAGUACGACGUAAUUACAGCACGUCAUAUCGCUACAGUAUAGCUCAUCCGGCUAUUGUACUUCAGUCUUCCCGUCUGUCUCCCAAAACGACGUGACUAAAGGCCCAACUAAACUGAAAUCGGCCCCAGUAUUAUCUUCACGUAUACACACUAGACUCUGCGUGAUGUUGCAGUCCUUUUUUUGCUGAUCUCUUCAAUGUUUGUGCUGCAGUGACGUCAUUUCUGCCGGAUUGUUAUCGUUGUUCCUUCAUUUACUUUCAAAAGCGAAUAAAGGGUAUCGUUGAAUCCUA